GGCGUCGUUUCACAAUAGGAGUAAACGACAAGGAGCUUCUGUGUGGUAGAUGUUUCAUUGCGCGGUUUAGAAUGUGACUAGAAGCACGAUUCGUAUCGAAAUUCAAGAUUAAUAAUUUUGACGUUUGUGUAACUGAAAUCUUGUAACGAUGGAUCCAGCAUUGCUUAGAGAACGAGAACUCUUUAAAAAGAGGGCUCUUACUACACCAACGAUAGAAAAGAAGAAAAGAGAACAGGAAAAAGAUAUCGUACGAGAUGAACCACUCAAGAAAAAACCAAAACUAUCUUCUGUGUCUAGUGGUCCAAAACUGGACAUGGUUAAUUACAAAACUAUGUCUGGUAGUACGCAAUACAAAUUUGGUGUUUUAGCCAAAAUUGUAAAGCAUAUGAAAGCCAGACAUCAAGAAGGUGAUGAUCAUCCAUUAACAUUGGAAGAAAUCUUAGAUGAAACAAACCAAUUAGACGUUGGAUCUAAAGUAAAACAAUGGCUUCAAACAGAAGCUCUUAUUAAAAAUCCAAAGAUAGAAGUAACUUCAGAUGGUAGAUUUGUGUUCAAAGCUAUGUAUAAAAUUAAAGAUAAGAAAUCUUUAUUAAGAUUAUUGAAACAACAAGAUUUAAAAGGCCUUGGUGGAAUAUUAUUAGAAGAUAUACAAGAAAGCCUGCCACACUGUGAUAAACACUUGAAGAGUUUACAAAAUGAGAUAUUAUUUAUAACAAGACCCUUAGAUAAGAAAAAAAUAGUAUUUUAUAACGAUAAAACAGCCCAAUUCCCAAUAGACGAUGAAUUUCAAAAAUUAUGGAGGGCUGUUGCAGUUGAUGCGAUGGAUGAUCAAAAAAUUGAUGAAUACUUAGAGAAACAAGGAAUACGAUCUAUGCAAGAUCAUGGUCCCAAAAAACCAGCACCGAUUAAACGAAAGAAACCUAUUAAUAGGAGAAAACAAUUCAAGAAACCAAGGGAUAAUGAACAUUUAGCAGAUGUUCUAGAAACGUAUGACGAUGCGAAGUGAUUCUUCGAAUUUUGUAAGUACGUGAAUCUGUGACUUAGGUGUUAAAAGAGAAAUAUUAAUUACCAUAACUUUUUAUGAACAUUAUUAUGUAAGAAAAACUGUCUAUUUUGCAGUUAAAGUUUUAGUGUUACAUAUCACAGUGAUAUAAUAAAUAAGUAAAAUAUUUAUUGUCAUAAUUUCAUUGUAAAUACAAAAUAAAUAUAGAUCAAUU